GCCAAGACGUUCUUCUUUUUCAAAACCUGAAACAAUGUCCUCCUCCCAGAGCACCCUUUUAAAGCCCUGAAAAAACUGAUCCCCUCAGACGCCACCAUGAUAUCAAACCAACAAGUCGCUCAACAAAUCGCUAAAACCCUAGUGGAAUCAGGCCUUCAACACCUCAAAGUUCUGCUCUCCAAUCUCAACCCCAACAUAACCCACCUCGUCCUCUCAGACCCAAUCCUCCCACCUCAAUCUUGCUUGACCUUAUUCAACUUCCUCAGAAGAAACCCGUCUCUCAAAUCCCACAGACCCAAUCUCCAAGCCCAUGUAACCCUCUUUUGCAGGCUCCACCAAGCUAAAAGAUUCGCCCAAAUGAAGAAUGUGGUGAAUGCUAUAGUGAACAACGAUCGUCUCCGAUGCCCGGUUUCCGGAAUCGUUUCUUUGAUCGAGAACGGUUCUUAUGCGCCUGACUCGGUUGAGAAACUUUGUGAUAUGCUAUUCAGGGUUUAUGCGGACAACCAAAUGUUUGAAGAAGCCAUUGGGGUUUUUGAUUAUGUGUUCAAGAAUGGGCUUGAGAUUGAAGAAAGGUCCUGCUUUGUGCUUUUGCUCGCAUUGAAGAAGUGUUAUCAAGUGGAUGAGUGUUUAAGUUUCUUUGAUCUAAUGCUCGAAAAGGGUGUUCGGAUCACGGUUUAUUCCAUGACAUUAGUGAUCAAUGAGCUUUGUAAGAGAGGAGAGGUGGAAAAGGCUAAGACAUUGAUGGGUGAAAUGGGUGGGAGAGGGAUUGAGGCUAAUGUUUAUACGUAUAACACGAUUACGAAAGCCUACAUUGAAAUGAAGGAUUUCGGUGGGGUUAAUGAGGUCUUGAGCUUGAUGAAGAUGAAUAAUGUGGAGUAUAAUGUGGCAACAUACAACCUUUUGAUUGAUUGGUAUGGGAGUUGUGAGAAGAUUGGAGAUGCAGAGAAGCUGUUUGAUGAAAUGCGUGAGAGAGGGAUAGAGCCGGAUGUGUAUGUUUACACUUCCAUGAUUAACUGGAAUUGUAGAGCGGGGAAAAUGAAAAGGGCAUUGUUUCUGUUCGAUGAAAUGACUGAAAGAAGGCUUGUUCCGAAUGAUCACACUUACGGCGCAUUGAUUAAUGGUGCUUGUAAGGCAGGGCAGAUGGAGAUGGCAGACAUUUUGGUGAAAGAGAUGCAAGGUAAAGGAAUUGCCAUAAACCGAGUUGUGUAUAAUACACUGAUUGAUGGGUACUGCAGAAAAGGGAUGAUAGAUGAAGCUCAGAGGUUCCAGGAUGUGAUGGAAAAGAAAGGGUUGAAGGCUGAUGUCUAUACUUACUGCACUAUAGCUAGGGGAUUGUUUAAAUUGAAUAGGAAUGAGGACGCAAAGAGGUCCUUGUUAACUAUGGCAGAAAGAGGUGUGGCUCCAAACUCAGUGUGCUUCACUACUCUGAUAGACAUAUAUUGCAAGGAAGGAGACUUUGUCGAAGCAAAGCGGGUAUUUCAGGAGAUGGAAAGGAAAGGAGAGAGGCCUAAUAACGUAACAUACAAUGCUCUAAUUGAUGGGCAUACCAAGAAAGGUAAACUGAAGGAAGCGCAUAAGAUGAAAAAGGAGAUGGAAGACAAGGGUUUGAUGGCAGAUUCAUAUACAUAUUCAUCGCUCAUACACGGUGAAUGUAUCGCUGGCAACGUGGAUGCGGCACUGACAUUGUUUCAUGAAAUGUCCAGGAGGGGUUUAACUCGAAACGUUGUCACAUACACAGUAAUUAUUUCAGGUUUGUCUAAGGUGGGGAGAAAAGAAGAAGCUUUCAAAUUGUACGAUGACAUGAAAAAAGCAGGCAUCAUACCUGAUGACAGGGUAUAUAAUUCACUUGUACAAGGCCUUUAUACAGACACGUCUAGCUCUAUGGCAGAUGAGUAGCAUUGUGGCUGGUGGCAAUUGGGUGCAGCGUUAUGACAUGUCUGAAAUGACAAUAGGACAGUCAGGUGGCUUCCUGCUAGAAAUGGCCUUAUUCUGCUUCAUCUUCAUGGCAACAUAUCUGACUUUCCCAAUUUAUCUUGUGGCUUCUGGUCCGAGGACUUCUUACUGUCAAAGGAUAGAAUUCACAUUUACAACCCCAGCUCUGGAAAGGGGUUGCGCAUCUUUCUGUUCUCCACAAGUCUGAGCAGGAACCCUCGGGCAGCUUUUCUUUAAUUUCUCGGUUUACCGCACUUUAGUCAGUGGGCUGCGCUCUUUGGAAGGGUAAGAACUUGUCAACUCUUGUGAAGGAGCUUCGCUUGGAGAGUUGGAGGUAACUACAUAUGCAAAGGAAGGAGUCUAGAAAUUUCAGAAACGUCUGCAAACCUUCAAUAGUUACUCUUAAGUAAUGUCUUAUCAUCUACUAGUACCAUAAUAGGGUGUUUUGCUGUUCCAAACUGCGUGCCUCUUUGUCCCCGUUCCGAUGUCAGCCUUGUUCUUCUGUAGGCUGGGGGCUGCUUCUAAUAAAUUUGAUUUCAACAUAAGGAAAAGGAAAGUUUAUUAUUAUUGUUUUGUUAGAAAAAGGAAAAUGGAU